UUCUAGUCAAUUUUAUGGUGGUUUGAAGACAUAAAGUUCAAGUAACAGACCAAAGUUUUCAAACAUAUUAUAUUGUAAUAGAUAUACUAGUUUAACUUGAAGCAAGUAACAGGAAAACAGAAAUUAAUCAAUUAGAAAGAGAGAGCAUUUUUAAAAACAGAAUAGGCACUAAAAUUUGAAGAAUCAGCACAGAAGAGGAAGAAGACGACAACGUAUUCUUAGAUGAAGGUAGUGACCAGAAGAUGAAGAAAACCCAGAAACGUCGUACUGUAUUGUUUAUCCCUGGAUUCCGUAAAAGUAAGAAGACAACUGUCAGCGUAGAGAAUGAUGUACCUCAGGAGCAGAUGAUUGUAUUAGGAAAUGUUUGUAGAGACACUGAUUCUGUAUUGUAUAGGAGCAACCAUGACACUGAUACACAUGUGAAAGGUUCAUCAAGUAGUAGUAUUUCAAGUUUAGAUACUUUAGUUUCUAUUGAUAGUGGUGUGGAUUGUGGUCAAAUAUCUACAAGUAGUCUGAGUAGUAUAGAAAGUUUAGGUAGUUCCUAUGAAGUAAUGAAUGAUAAACACUGUAAACCCCAGGGCCGUGCACCCAUUGCUUCGCCAGAAGAUGAUUCAUUGUUAGAAGAAGCUAACCCAAAGCAUGAGAAAGACAAUUCAAAGUAUGAAAAUUUGACAUUUACGCAUAAUACAUCUGCAUCCUCCUUUUGUACUUUAAGUGACAAUAAUUCUUCUUGUACUUGUGGACGUUGUGGUUCCUGUUGUGAUUCAGAAUCGUCAGAAUCAGAGAGCGAAGACAGUCUGCAGAGAACACCUGCACAGAGUGAAUCAGAAAGUGAUUCAGAUACGGGUAGUAAAACUAAAUCACAUAGAAGACAAAGAUAUGAUUCAGACUCUGAUUCUGAUUCUGAUAGUGAACAAUCUAACCAAUGGUGCUUAAAUUCUUCAGUUUUACCACCAUCAAAUGUUAAAACUGUCAAGAGCAAUCAACCACUAAAGAAACUAAAUAGAAGUAAUAGCAGACUGAAUCUCUCACUCAGGAAGUUUAUGAAAAAAGGCAGUAAAUUGGACUUGUCAAUAAGGAAAUUUAUGAAAGGCAGCAAAAAGACUGAUUCAUCUUCAAAUAAAGUGUCAAAAAACAAUAGAAGCAUAAGUGUUCCUGAAUUGAAAGCUUCACCCAAAAGAGUUCUCCAAAAGCGAUCAUCUUUAGAGUGGAACAAGUCAUCCUCACUGAAAAAGUGUUCUUCAGUUGAUAACAAUUCUGUGAUCUUAUCAAGAAAUACAAACACUUUGCCUGUAAGAUGCUCUAGUAGUUUGACAGUGAACAAGUCUUUAUGUGACAAUUACACUUUGCCAUUAAGAUCAUCUAGUAGUAUAUCAGUGAAUAAGUCUUUAUGUGACAUGCUGCCAUUAAGAUCCUCUAGUUCUAUGUCAGUGAACAAGUCUUUAUGUGAAAAUUUCUGUGAACCAUAUUCUGAUAGUGACAGUAGCAACUUUUCAAGGUCACGUUCAGGAAGUGAUAGUAGUGGUAGUAGUUUUAGAGGUCGUAGUGGAAUCAAGUUAGGAAACAGUGUGAAAAAACUUCAUCGAAGUAAGAGUGAUUGUUCAACUAAACCUCAGUUAGUAUUCAACAAGAGACUGAACAUAUCUCAACCCCUUGAUACCUCUAGAUCAUCUCGACAGGUUGUCAGUAACAGUCCAGCUUUACAAAUACGUUCACAUAGCAUAAUAGAAAAUCACUGUGACAUAGACAUUGAUACAUGUAAGAGUCCUUUGGAAGUUCGUCAAUCGAUGGAGAAAACAGCUUUCUGGAUUGAGAAUAAUGACUAUGACAAAACACCAGAUGUGUCGUCUACAGAAUCUCUGUUACAGACGAGUCGAGACGUGUCAGAAUCAGACCUCUGUAAUCAGAUUAUUGGUAUAUACUUUGGUGAAGAGAAUGACAGUGACUCGUCCUUAUCAUCAUCCUGUCUUGACAACACCAUGGAUACAUCUCUUAUUUCUGAUGACCUUGUGUCUGAUGUUUCAUCUACCAGACUAGAAACCAACCUUGAUGAUUUCUCCAUGGCAACAUUUGUUCCUGCACCUUAUCAAACGGCUGAGGCUAAAACCAGAAAAAUUAGUAAAGCUGAAAUUGUCCCUGAAAAGAAAGUAAAGACAGCUGACACAAAGAUGACAAGAAAAGUAGUUCUUAAAGAAAGGGUGGAUAACUCUUACAAUAAGUCUUCAGUAAAAAGUGAAUCAGAUGUGACAUGCCACAGUAAAAAGACCAGGAUGUUGAGUGAAGAAGAGAUAGACACGAUUACAAAGAUCCACACAAUAUGUAAUGGCCAGAGAACUGUACAGUAUCUAGAUCUCAAUGAUAUCCCUCUUAACUUCAAACAUUUUCCUCCUCCCAAGAGAGCCAGCAAGGUAGUGUGGAAUCAUGACAUUUCUACAGAUGAGAAGAUACACCAUACACCUCAACCUAAACUACCUUCCCUACCCAGACCUAUAUUACAACAGAAGCCAAAAGAUUUUACCUACCCAUAUAAAGAAGAUGAGCCUUCUCCUAUAGUGAUAACAAAAGUUCGUCGAAGUAAAUCAUUGCCAAGAAAGUCCAGAGAAUGGCCUUGGUAAAGAGAGGAGAAAUCAACAUAGCAAUGUUAACAGUCGUCUUUCAUAGUGAUAACCUAGUUCAUCGCAGUAGUUUACUGCCAGGGAAUGGCCAUGGUGUAUUACAGAAACAUUUACACAGCGAUAACCAAAGUUCAUCGCUGUAGUUUACUGCCAGGGGAUGGCCAUGGUGUAUCACAGAAACAUUAACACAGCUCAGUUAUUGUUGGAAUAGUGCCUUGAUACUUAAUUAUAUGUUGUAAUGGGAAUAUGAAUAAAAUGGAAUUUUUUAUUUGAAUGACAUUUUUUAUAGAAUGAAACUUUGUAUGUAUGAAUAGAUGUUUGUUAUGAACGUUGUCAUUUUGUGAAUUUUAUAUGACAGAAUUUUUUUAUAAGAGUUUAUGAAUUUCUAAGUUGAAAAUGGGAAUGUUUUAUAUAGUUUUAAGAAAGAUUGAGUGAAUUUCCAUGAAAAUAUAUGACAGUUUCUAUUGUAUAAACUUUUCCUGAACUGUAUUUAACACAAUCAGUGCUUUGUAUGUUUAAAUAAAAACAUACUUGUUUAACUUAUUUAUUAAGAAUUGUUAUCAAAGGUGUAUCAUGGUGUAUGAUCAUAUUGAAUUGUAAAAACUUAUACUUUUUGUACCCUUACCAACAAGAAAUCACCCAUGUAUUAUUCAUCCUUAUUUAUUUAUUACUGAUAUAUAUUGAAAUAAAAUUCAGAAAACAAGAUUUAAUUGUUGGUAUUUAUUUUUUUCAUACACUUUUGAUGUUUCUAGAAAGUAUGAAUUAAAGGGAGUAACUUAAGAUGUUAAGCCUGCAAUAAGCUGUUUUGAUAUAGGAACAAACUUUGAAAGUUAACUGCAACUUAUUUAUAGUUAAUGGCAGUGUUGUAUAGGUUGCUUUAAUUUUGGCAAUGUCUGUUCAAGACAACUAUUUUUUCACAUAACCUGCACAAUGUUUAAGGUUAGAAAAUGAGUGGUAAAUACAAGGUAGCUUAAUUUACUUGAUGAAACAAUAUUUGUUUCUUGGGGGGAAAUCUGUAAAUUAUUUGUCUUUGAAAGAUAAAGAAAAAGCUUAGUGUUUGUCAAAUUGUUCUUAUACAUGUAUAAUUAAACAUUAAUUUUUGACUGAAAAGAAACUCACAGUAGUGACCACUGACAUAUUAUAUUGGUGGAAAUAUACUCUUGACCAACCCUUUCAACUAGUUUGGACCAUAAUAAAUUUUCAUUUAAAUAAAAUAAGUGAGCAUUAAUAGCUGACAUUAUUUCAGGGCUUGAAUGACAUUGUAUUCAUCUAAGUGGCACAAAAAAAAAUAUUUUAUGAUAUCUUGGCACUAGAAGAUAGUAUAGAAGAUGAUUAAGAUUUUAAGAAGUUAAACUAAAGAUCUUUGAUAUCAAUGUAUCAGGGUUGCAAUUGUUUGAUAAAUUGAGUAAUAUUUUUAUUAAAUACAUGUAUAUCAAUCACUUUUUAUAGGUAUGUAUUUUGUAAUUUUAUAUGAGAGAUUGAGUUGUCUCCCAUAUGGAAAUCUUCACAUUGUUAUAUACGGGUAAAUUUUAUAUGUUUUUUUUUUUUUAUGAUUUUGUAUUCUUUAUUACUGUCUCAUAUUAAAAAUGUAUUUUGAGAGGCUUUACAUGGAAUCUUGUCAAGCUUUGAGAAAACAUUUGCAAUGAAAUUGAUACUCAUUAUGUUAGAAGAAUUUGUUUAGUUUUAUCUUGCUUUAUUUUAUUUCAGAUGUGCAAUACACCGUAAGGCAUUUUUAACACUAGUCUGUAUUUCUUUUGAGUUUUUUUCUUAUUCUUUUUUUAGUUUUUUUAUUUUUUUUCUUAUUCUUCUUUUUAAGCUUUAAUAUUUGUUGUUUUUUCUUCAUUUCUUUCUAAUUUUUUUUAUCUUGUUUUAUCCUCCUUUUCUUAUUUCAGUAUAAAAGGUAAUUGUCUUUUUAUGUCAUGUUUGUAUGUCAAUUUUAUAAUAUUAACAUUGUGGAAAUGUUUCUUUGAUCAGGUUUAGUUUGUCCUAUAUUAUUUUUAAAAAAGUACAAAUGUAUUGAGUUUCUUCAUAAUACAAAUUACAUCAUACAUUUUGUGCUUGUUUUUAGAUAUCUUAGUUAUGACGGCCUUCCUUUAAUGUUUAAUUUAAUGAUACAUUGUAUGCAAAACUUUUAUAAUUACUUGGAAGUUUUUUUAAAUUGAAACUAAAAAAAUCUUGUAAAAUUUGCAUAAUGUAUACUGCUUAAAAAAAUAAUUCCAGAGAACCUAGAUUUAGUUAUUUGGCAGGUCAAACAAGUGACAUUAUAUUAUGUAUGGGGUUUAAUAAUAACAGGAUAAUAUUUUUGAUUUAUCUUUGAUUAUAUGAUGUUCGAGCUAAAAUAUAGUGCUAUGUAUUAUACAAUCACAUACUUUGAAGGAAAUAUUGAAAACAGUAGACUGAUUGGUGUAAGAAUUUAAUUGUUCAGGAAAACAUAUUUAUUUCCUGACACUAGUCCAUUUGUUAACAACAACAUUUGUAAAUAAAUAAUUCAAUCAGCCAAA